AUGUGCGGAGUGAGCGACAAGGCCUUUGGACUGAUACUAGAACUACUGGGGGAAGCAUUUGAGCAUGCAAAGAUUCCGGCUUCACUGCAUGAUGCCAAGAGGAUCAUAAGAAAGCUCGGCAUUGCGUACAGGAAGAUAGAUGCAUGCCCGAAUGACUGCAUGCUAUAUCAGGGCAGCGAUCAAGAACUGUCUAGGUGCAAGCAGUGUGGGACCUCGAGAUGGAAGCAGAAGACUAGGAGGAAUUCGAUUAUCAAGAUCAACGUGGUUGUUAAGAAGAGUGGUAAGCCCCAGUCGGCGAAGGUUCUUCGUUACUUUCCCCUUGUUCCACGACUGCAGCGGAUGUUCAUGUCCAGUAAGACAUCCGCUGAAAUGUUGUGGCACAAGGAAGGUCCUAACUCAGAUGGUUUUUUGAGGCAUCCUAGGGACGGUGAGGCAUGGAAGGCAUUUGACAGAAGAUUUACCGACUUCAGUAGCGAUCCGCGCAGUGUCCGCUUAGCCUUAGCUAGCGACGGCUUUAAUCCCUUCGGAAAUCUAAGCUCAAGGUACUCUAUCUGGCCCGUGAUUCUUAUCCCGUACAACCUACCUCCGUGGAUUUGUAUGAAACCCACCUCUUUCCUGCUCUCUAUGAUUAUUCCCGGUCCCAAGAUGCCUGGGAAUGAUAUAGAUGUAUACCUACAGCCCUUGAUAGAUGAGUUGAAGCAGUUGUGGGAUGGUGUUGAGACCUACGACGCUAACGAGAAAAAAACAUUCAAGAUGUAUGCUGCAUUGAUGUGGACAAUUAGCGAUUUUCCUGGACUGGGAAACUUAUCUGGGUGGAAUACGUACGGUGGGAGAGCUUGUCCUACGUGCAACUUGGAUGCUGAGACUAACCGGCUCACAUUCAGUCAGAAAUGGUGUUUCAUGGGUCAUUGGCGCUUUCUGAGUCAAGGCCACAGAUAUCGGCAGGACCGAUUUAGAUUUGAUGGCAAGGUAGAGGACCGAGGUCCCCCCGUUAAACUGUCUGGUGAAGAUAUUAUGAGACAGUUGGAGAAUGUGCACGUCAUUCUUGGGAAGGUGCAAACGACUGCAGGUAAAAGAGCACGCGGACAACAUGUUGCAUUGCAAGACGAGUCUCUUUGGAAAAAGAAGAGUAUAUUAUUUGAACUCCCAUAUUGGAAGUAUAAUUUAUUGCGUCACAACCUGGACGUGAUGCACAUAGAGAAGAAUGUCUGCGACAACAUACUUUACACAAUACUGAACGAUAGCGAUAAAUCCAAGGAUCAUCUCAAAGCUCGAAAAGACCUCCAGCUGAUGGGGAUCAGGCGUGAUCUCUGGCCACGGGAAGAUGGAAAGUAUCCCACUGCAAUCUUCUCCAUGUCGAAUUCACAGAAGGACGUCUUUCUUAGAACUUUAAAGAAUGUGGUCUUUCUAGAUGGUCACACGAGCAACAUUUCUCGGUGUGUUGACUUACAUCAGCGUAAGCUAUUCGGGUUGAAAAGUCAUGAUAAUCACACUCUAAUGCAACAUCUUCUGCCAAUUGCAUCAAGGAAUGUUUUGCCUGCCCCAGUGUUAGUUGUCCUGGCUGAUCUCUCAACUUUCUUCAGACGACUAUGCAGUAAAUCUAUAGACCCUCAACAACUUCCUCUCCUCCAGGAACAUGUGGUCCUCACCCUUUGUCGCAUGGAGGCAAUUUUUCCACCGUCGUUCUUCACAGUCAUGGUACACUUAACCGUGCAUCUGGUCGAAGAGCAUUACGUGCGUAACCGGGCAGCACCGGAAGGAUCAAUUGCCGAGGGCUACAUAUCCGAUGAGAUUCUCACUUUCUGUUCAAGAUACUUGGACAAUGUUGAGAGCAGGAUCAAUCGACCAGUGCGUGUUGAUGAUCGACCGAGGGAAGAUGGGCCUAAUAACGUGACAAGCAUGUUCCCUCUGAUUGGCAAGGCGGUAGGGGCUGCGACUUCUUUCAAUCUGUCACCAACCGAGAGAUUUCAAGCACAUCGUCACGUAUUGGUCAAUUGCACAGCUGUAGAAAAUUUCUUAGAUGAUUUUAGGGCCAGCAAAAAGAGACAGCUGCGAAGUAUUGGAAGAAGAAACGAGGCUCACAUUGAUAAAGUUAUCCACAGAGAAUUCGCCCAAUGGUUUAAGCAUGAGAUACCAUUGGGAAGUGCUUUUCACUCUAGAGAAUUACAGUGGCUCGCAUGUGGCCCCAAUAUUCAAGCAAGGCGCUUUAAGGCAUACAAUGUAAAUGGAUUCAAGUUUAGAACCCUAUCGAGAGAGGAAGGGAUGAGAACCCAGAAUAGCGGGGUUUGUGUCACCUCUGACACUAGAAGUUAUGCAAGCGCUCGUGACAAUAACGUUGCUGUUGGUGGCGUCUCGUAUUAUGGAAGAUUGGUAGAUAUCAUUGAGCUGAAUUACAGUGGUCAAUUUACCGUUCCCUUGUUUAAGUGCCUCUGGGCAGAUACCACAUCUGGGAGAGGCAUAAAGCAAGAUCUUUUGGGACACACCUGUGUCAACUUCAGAAAUUCGAUUCACACUGGUGAUCGUGAAGAUGAUGAGCCGUACAUUCUUGCAUCCGAGGCUCGCCUUGUAUACUAUGUAGAUGAUGAAGUUGAUAAGGACUGGAGUGUGGUAGUUCAUGUGAAGCCGAGAGAUUUGUUCGACAUGGGUGAAUACAAUGAACCUUGUGAGGUCGAACUUUCUCUCCAACCAAGUUUGACUGAUGUGUCACAAUGUGAUGUUGAAGGUCUUUCGUUGACAAAGGACGGCGACUUAGAAGAUUCCUCCACUGAUGUUUAUGAUAAUGGAGAGGAGGCUGCUGAUUUAUAG